CAAGCCAUGGCGCCCAAGAAGAAGCGCGGCCCGAGCGCAGGGCGUCGGUCGGGCGCGGCGGGCGAGGGCUCGGAGCCGCUGCUGACGGAGGGCGCGCAGUACCUGCAGCGCGAGUACACGCUGCUCACCCAGCUGCUGGACGCCUGCGAGCAGCGCGUGGACCAGGUGCUGCAGGAGAACACCUUCCUGGACAGCGAGGCGCUGCGCCUGCGCGAGGAGAACCGGCUCUACGCCAGCUACGUGAGCGCGCGCGCGCAGCGCUGCGCCAACGCCAGAGUGCGGCUGGAGGAGCAGAACCGCGCCGACCUGGCGCAGAUCCAGUGGCAGCGCAGCGAGCUGGCGGCGCUCUACCAGGGCCGCGAGGACAGCGUGCGCUCGCAGCUGCUGGAGAUGGAGGCGCGCGCGGCGCAGAUGACGCGCCAGGUGCAGGAGCUGCAGCCCUACAAGGAGUUGCAGCUGGAGCAGCUGGCACGGAUCCGGGCUCUGGAGCGCGAGCUCCUGCACAUGCGCGUGGAGCACACGCAGCUGCUGCACCGCGCGAAGCGACGCUUCCUGGAGGACAAGGCAGCCUUCGAGCGCGAGGCGCGCCAGCGCGUGCAGUCCCUGGCACGGCGCGCAGAGCGGGAGGCGGCACGCGCGCUCGUCGUGCACACUCAGGCCAUCAAGGCGGACAACGGGCGGCUGCGGCAGGAGCUGCUGCGGCUGCUCCGCCGGGCCCAGGUGCUGCACGACACGCGGCGCCAGCUGCUGGAGCAGCGCGAGCAGCUGCGGCGCGAGCACGAGGACACGCGGGACCUGGCGCGCGUGCACGGCUGGCUGCGCCGCGGCCCCGGGGGCCCCCAGCUGUGGGAGCCGCCGCCUCCGCCCGCCGCCUUCCGGCCCCCCUCGCGCUCGGGCUCACUCGCCCCCUCCGUAGACCCGUCCCGCGCGGGCUCUCGGGGUGCGUCGCGCGCCGCUUCCCAGGAGCUGUCAUUGGCCCCAUCGAACUCGGCUUCCCGGACCCGGUCAUUGGUCCCGUCCCGCGCGGGCUCUCGGGUCCCGUCGCACGCGGGCUCCCGGGCCCCAUCUUUGGUCCUGUCGCGCGCGGGCUCCCGGGCCCCAUCGCUGGCGCGGUCGCGCGAAUGCUUCAGGGGCUCCUCGCGGUGCUCGCUGCCUGCGGCCUCGCAUGACGCCGUUCCCUCACAGCUUCCCUCGGGCGUGCCCCUGCACGGGGCUCUUGCCACUCCACCCUCUAGGGAGACCCUGAACACCGACACUGCCGCGGAAGCCGCCUCCGGGACAGCCUGAACCUUCCAGGAGGGCGGCCAAGGAGCGGGCGGGCGG